AUGAAGGGUAAAUUGGACAAAUUCGGAAGGGCUAAAUUUGUAUCACCAAAGGCCUUGGUUCAGAAACCUUGGCCUAAUAAGAACAAAGAAGAGGAAAGGUUGAAAAAAUUUAGACAAAGGCUGAUUCACCAUGAAGAGCUAAAUGGAAAGAGCUAUCUCGUUCUUACUGCUGUGGAAUGCUGCCUUGGUCUUCGCCCUUGGAGGAAGACAAAUGAA